AUGUCGAACCAACUGGUGGGCAUCUCGCAGGGCACGGUAUUCGAGCGUGUCAUCCAAGAGGUGUGCGAUGCAUCGCAGGUGGAUUUCGAGGAAAGCGGCGUCGACCAGCAGACCCUUUCAGAUUUGAGGAAGAGCUGGCAGAAGAAACUCUCCUCUCUCGGCGUCGCCCAUUUCCCAUGGGAUCCUGCUCCCCCACAAGCACCAGCUCAAACCCAGAACCAACAGGUACUUCCGCCUACUGCGACGGUCCCUUCGAACGCUCCUCGCCCUCCUCAAGCCUCCGUGCAUCAGCAGCAACACCUUCCACCGCAACAGUCACAUACUCAGCACCCACAACUACAAAAUCCGCAACAUGUUUCGCACCCACAGUCUAUGCCUCCCAACGGUCCGCCCCUUCAAGCUCAAACUCCAGUCGGGCCUAACGGCGGCCACCCUAUGGGACACUCUCCACAAAUCAAGACAGAACCAGGUGUUAAUGGCCAUCCUGCGUUACCCCCCAUGAGUCAUAUGAUGGCCGUCCCGCCGAAUGCGCAGUCAGCGCGCGAACGCGCAACCAACCUGAUUCAGCAGAGGUAUGGCGCAGCGGCCGCCAGCUCAGUUAGCCAGAUGCAAGCACAAUCACAAUCACCUAUGGGAUUACCGCGCCCUUCUAGCAUGCAGCAUAUGCAACAGAUGCAACAAAUGCAGCAGAUGCAACAGAUGCCGAAUGGUCAAAAUCCUCAAAUCAAGCAAGAGACAGGCUACCACCCUGUAUCACACCCGUCUGUAAGCAAUGCCCAAACCGACGGUACCGCUAGCGAUGCAUUAUCAGAAUGGAAGGCAGAAGUCACGCGGAGACGUGAGGCUGCUCAGGACGGAGAGGGCGACAGAGCGCUUCGAAACCACCUCAAGCAACAAAUGCUCCGGCUUGAAGGAGGCGGUCUGAUGGUUCCUCUGGAUGAGCGCGAAUCCCAGCCGAAGGCUCCGCGUUUCGCCUCUGCUGAUUCGUCUGGGUCCAAAGCUCAGUUUGACGGCCCAGGGGGCGAUGACACAAAGGAAGAAGACGAUGAGGACGCUAUUAAUUCUGACCUUGAUGACCCUGACGACCUGGUUGCUCAAGAUGACGAGGAUGAUGACGCCGUCGGACAAGUCAUGCUUUGCACAUACGACAAGGUCCAACGAGUCAAGAACAAGUGGAAAUGCACUUUGAAGGAUGGAAUUCUGACCACAGGAGGUAAAGAAUACGUCUUCCACAAAGGUCAGGGCGAGUUUGAAUGGUAG